CCAGCCCUGCCUGCAGACACAGCGCCAGGCCCGGUCCCACGGUAACGGCAACGACGUCGACGUCUUCCAAAUGGAGCCCACUCUCUCUUAGCGCGGUGUCGGUCACCCUCUGGAGGUUGUGUCUGUGCAGAUCAGCCGCCACCAUCGGUACAAUCCCACGUCUUGUGGACUGGCGUCUGAGAGUGCAAGCAGUGUCCCAGCAGCCGCCCGAUCCCUCUCAUUACCGCCACUCCCGUGUCGUCGCAGCUCGUUUCAACUCCGAGCACCACCCUCGUUUCUUCCACCCGUGACUCUCUCCCUAUCACAUCUCCAUACCCUCGGGAAGAAGAAGACGGCUUUGCCAGUUCUAGCCUCGAACCACUGGCCGCGGCAGAUAAAACGGAGUGGAGUCGUUUCGCUCCACCACCGAACAUUUUUCUUCUUCGCGUUGACCCUGCGCUCUAAUUAGAACGCACAAUAAGGGGCGUAGCUCGAUGGUAUCGUCUCUGCAAAUACAGCUGCUCUAGCGUUAUUGUGGAACCAUGUCUGGAUCAGUGUGGCAGGACAGGGAGAUUCGCUUCGACUCUCCGGACAGCCAACUCCAGCCUAGGGCAGGCGAGGUGAUAAUAAGCCACCUGGAGGAGGUGGAGGACACGAAGGGAAACAGCAGAGACAACGGCUAUCUCUACGUGACCAACCUCCGAGUCAUCUGGACUUCAGCCACACAGGGAAGAGUAAACCUCAGUAUUGGCCUGAAGACCAUUAGCAAGAUUCAAACAAAGAGAGUGAAAUCUUAUCUUCGAGGAUUGUCAGAAGCAAUUCAUUUGAUGACAACGCAGAACAAGACACAGUUUGAAUUCAUCUUCACAAGUCGGGUAUCAGACAAUACGACAAUGUUCUCGUCGGUAAUGGCGGUCCACAGGGCCUAUCUGUCUUCCUCUCUCUAUCGAGAGGUUGCCAUGAGAGGUGCGCUCCUCGCCGACAGAGAGCUCCGCCUACUUCCUCAAGAACAGCUCUACAACAAGGUGCCACACCCUGCCCUGCUUCCCUCUCAUGCCCCUCUUCUCUCUCUGCAUAUUGUCCUCUCUUCUGCUCCUCUCCUAACCUCUUGCCCCUACUCUGCUGCUCCCCCUCUACUGCUCUCCCCUCUCCUCUGCCUCCUUCCCCCCUGCCUGCAUAGCACCCUGCUCCUCCACUCCGGCUGCUCUCUCCUCUCCUACGGAGCUGUCAAAGGACCAGGGAUAAUUUUUUUUUACCGGCGCGAUGAUGCAAUUUUAAUUAUUUUUCAGAUUGGGGGUGUGUGGAACCUUAGCAGCGACAAGGGGAACCUUGGGACGCUGUACAUUACGAAUGUGAGAGUUGCGUGGCAGUGUAAACUGAAUGAUAACUUCAACGUCAGCAUUCCUUACCUGCAAAUGAAAGUGGUGAAGGUUCGAGACACUAAAUUCGGUGUUGCCAUGGUGCUAGAGGCAGGAAACCUGGUCCUGGGGUUCAAAGUUGAUCCGUAUGAGACACUGAAGAAGAUUGUGAAGGAAAUUCAGAGCCUACACCAGGUCUACAGCUCUUCCCCCAUCUUUGGGGUGGAGUACUCCACUGCUGAUGAGUGGGAGGGGCCUACUCCGCCCACCACCGAUACCAUACAAGAGGACGUGGAACUCGUUGGCACCAAAGAAGACAUCUCUAGCUGUGAGUCUAUUUUUAGCAACAUAUUUGUUCUAUUUAUAGCAGCAUAUUUGGCUGAUCCGCACAAGAGGAAGGACAGGGAGCCAGUCUACAGCCAUGAACUGGGACUAGCCAUCGAGGCACUUCCUGAUGGGUACUCCAUUUCAGACCUCUGGCAAAUUUCAUGACUUACUAUACCGUUUACCGCUGCUGCUAUUGUAAUUCUUCACAAUUCUCGCAAAUGGAAAACGUUCAUAAUCUUUCUUCUCCGCGUUGAAUCUGCAAACAUUCAC